UUUUGGAGCCUCUUUGAGGUAUUUUGAUGAUACCCUAACGCGUUUCUCAAAAUCCCAUCAUAACCGUACCCUCUAAAAGUCAAAUUUCAUUAGUUGAGAGAUUUUGAGUUUCUCAUGUGCAUAUUUGGUGUUCAUUGAAAGAAAUAGUAAUUGUGAACCUUUUUGGAGGAUGAGUGAGGACCAAAAGGGUGAUCAUUGCAGAUGAUAUUGUAAUGACAUUUAGGAAGGCGAAGUUGAUGGUGGAUAGUGACAAUUUAUGAGCAGGGGAACAACACGUAAGCAGGAAUCAUGCCUAACUUUCCAGGACCACAGAGUGAGAACACUUCAGUAUAAUAAAGAGGGCAGAUUAACAAAUAAGUCAAUUAUGAUGGUAUGAUCAGAUUAGUUUAUUAGAAAAUUUGCUAAAGCCUGAGCCUGUCCCAUUCAGCAGUCAACCAAGAAAAGUAAAUGAUUGGAGAUUAACUGCUUUCAAAGAUAAAUUUUCCAUAUGUAAGAGUGGAUUUGUUUCUUCAAUUAGCAAUUUGAUAGUGAUGCAUAUAUAUCGUUAGACUUUAAGCUUCUAUAUUUGACCCUACGAAGCCAUAUAAUAUUAUCAUUCACUGUAAAUGAGAAAAAAAGGUACAAAUCUCAUACUUUAUCUACUAAUUGCUAUGUGUGUUGUGAUUUAUAUAGUUCUGAUAAGUUACCACGAGCCAUGGCUGACGUGUUCCCAGGUUCAAGGGCAGCCAAAGGGAUGAAGUCAUUGAUGGUUAACCAAUCAUGAAGCCUGCCUGCUGACUCGCUGGGUUUUGUUUCAUCCAGCAUGUAAAGAUGAUAUAGUUUUCCCACAAAACUUGGAUUCCAAUGAAACUUAACACGUUUCACAGGUCAAUGUAGUAGUUUACUUACUUUGUAGUAUUCUAAUGAGCUUUUCAGCUCAUUCUUCAUAACAAACUCUCUUCUUUUCCCACUGGAAUCUUGUGAAGGGUGACUAAAUUUCACAAAUCAAUAUAAUGGAUAAACUUACAUGAACUGCUGUAACGAGUAAAAAACACAGAAAUACUCCCAUUUGGAGCAAAAGUUGAUAAGAAAUGUCACCAGAAUUGAUUCUGUUUUUAAAUUGGUUUCUUGAAAGAUGACGAUGCAUUUAAAAUAAGCAUUACUGAUGAUUUUGGUGAACAGAAACUUCAUCUUUAGGUUCUCCACUCAUGGUAAUUUUCUUGGAAUUGUGUUGAUCGAAGGAAGUUUCCCAAUCACCCUAAUGUUAGAUUAAGUAGACUUUGUUUCGGAUAUUAUAGUUCAUUGGCAUGGAAACCAUGAGUGUAAGGGAAGGUAUUAGUUAAUUAGUUUUUGACUAUAAGAGAGAGUUGACAUAAGGUUUAUGUUUCUUAUAUAUAUAGAUACACAAAUUGCAAAGUUAGAAGCAGUCAAAAGAGUGCACUUCUACUCCCCCCUAAUCUAUUCAUUUUCUUCUUUUCCUAUUGGAGCGGCUGCUACCUGCCCCCCCAUCUCAGACAAAGGGUGAUAAUAGUUAUACCGUGUCAUUAUUUUAGAGGUUGACCAACGACCUUUUCGUUAUCUCAAUCAGAGUUACGCAUAGGGUAGAUUAACAAUUUAUUCAUACAUCUCUCUGUUAAAAAGUCGGCUUGUUUGCGUCAUUAUGACCUCAGCUGGUGAGAUAACAAACUUUUGCAUCACCAAGAAAACGAACCACUGGUUGAUAAAUGCAUAUCAGUUAGUUUCUUCGAAAUUUUGUGGAGUGUAUUACGUCGACAGUCAAAGUCAAAUGCUAUCGUAUAGAGGUUUAGCUCAAAUUCUCUCAAGGGGACAGUUAUUCGUGCGUUUAUUUAUAUUGUAGAUUCACUUUGUGCAUUAGGUUAAUCAAUCUGUUCUCUUUGGGUAAAAUGUACAAGGAGGUCUGCCAACUUGAUUAUUUAAUAAGUUUAUAUCAUAAGGAAUCUUCUUUUUAUAGCCUCACUUUCUAUUACUCGCAUGAAGUCGUGUUUCUCAUUUAUUGUUCAUUAGAUUCCCAUUCUUCACAAUGAGGUCUAAGUCAUCAGAAAACGCAAAGCUAAAGCAUAAGAAGGGAUUAUGGUCACCGGAUGAAGAUCAAAAGCUCAGAGAUUACAUUCUAAACCAUGGUCUUGGCUGCUGGAGUGCUGUCUCCACUCAUGCUGGUUUGCAAAGGAAUGGGAAGAGCUGCAGAUUAAGAUGGAUUAAUUAUCUUCGACCAGGAUUAAAGCGAGGAAUAUUCACCCGACACGAGGAGGAGAUCAUCCUAACCCUUCACGGCAUGCUAGGCAAUAAGUGGUCUCAGAUGUCACAACAUUUGCCUGGAAGGACUGAUAAUGAGAUAAAGAACCACUGGCAUUCUUAUAUGAAGAAGAAAGUAGAGAAUUUGGAAAACACGAAAUCUCGAGCUGUAUUUUUAGACACACAGAAAAUUCCAUCUCCGUUGAACUAUACACGAGGAGAUUCAAGUCUAGAAUCUUCUGGACACCUGGAAGGGUCCUCCACGCCUUAUUCGGAAGCCGAUGGUUCCAGAAAGUUACCAAAGAUUAUAUUUGCUGAUUGGCUCGCACUAGAUCAAUUUCGCAACUUUGACACUUCGUACCGGUCGUUAGUUUCAAGAAACACGUAUCGUUAUUCUUCCGACCUUCAAAAAUCAGUUAUGAAUGGUAGUGGACAGCUGAAUGAAGGAUCAAGCUAUGGUUUGGUGGAUCAUCAAGAUGUAGAAAAUGAUUUGUAUGACUUAAUCUGUGCAGAUAAGAUGUGUCAAAACUUGAGCUAUAGUGAUGUAUCAUUGUAUAGUUGUGAUGACUUAGCCAGUCUGACACAAGAUUUCUUUAUAUGCUAAGACUUCUCUGUAACAUUUUAUUUGUGCA